AUGCCCAGUGGUUCGAACUGGGAUGACUUUGCAGCGAAUGAUAGAGAAUAUUGGUUGGUGAUUGUGAUUGGCGCAGGAGGGGACUUGUUUUUAGCUGUAAACAAGGUCGUUCUUUGUGUCAAAAAUUCAUUUUCUGACGAAGAAUCAGUUUCUAUUAUUUACAUUUUAGUAACAGACUGUCAACAUCAGAACGUUCCAAUGAGUUUGGAAGGAGGUCUCAAUACAGAGGGAUCUAAUGCAGGAGGAAUAUUUGUCCAGUUCAAUCAAGAUUGCACGUCGCUGGUAGCGGGCAGCAGCAGCGGGUACCACUUGUUCGCGCUCACUUCCCCUUUCCUCAUCCCCUAG